UUUCGCUAGAGCUCCUCUAUAAAUUAGAGGCAAAUCUACUUGUUUGCAUCACAAAGUAGUAAGCGUAAUAACCUCACCAGAUAGUUUUUCCUAGAGAGAAGAAAGAAAAAAGAGGAAAAAAAUGGGAGCAUUGGGAGUGGUUAUUCACGGUUUCAUCAUGGUGAUCAUAGCCAUAUGUCUCAUGUCAGAGGCAGCAAAUGCAGAACAGGGCACUGCUAUUUUCUACGAUCCCCCUUAUAUUCCCUCUGCAUGCUAUGGAAGACAAAACCAUGGUGUGUUGGUAGCUGGAGCAAGUGAUGCAAUAUGGAGAAAUCGAGCAGCCUGUGGGAAAAAGUACAGAGUCACAUGCACCGGAGGCGCAAACCUGGCGCCACAUCCUUGCAAGCCUGGCAACGUUGUGGUUGAAAUCGUGGAUUAUUGUUCGUCACCAUGCAAUGGAACCAUAAAUCUCUCUAGAGAUGCUUUCUCCAAAAUAGCUGAUCCUGUUGCCGGAAAAGUCAAAAUUGAGUAUUCUCCGGCUUGAAGUUCUCUGGCUUAGAACAUUGCCCCCUGUGAUACGGGAGUUUAGCGCCAAAGAUAUUUACUGCUUUUCGAAUAAGGGGACUAAGGCAUUGACUUGUCUUAUGUUAUUAUGUAAUCAAUUAGUUUUAAUUUUGUUAAGUUAGCUACGUUUUCGUGCGUCGUUUACGUACGUUCGAAUAAGUCAAGGUAAAUUUCUUUCUUGUAAGUUUACUACUUAUAAGUUUGGGAAAACUUAUUUUGAAUGAUAUGAGAAAAUAUUCUAGCAA